GUCGUACGGCUCGGAGUGUUCCGCCUCUCGUCUUUUCCCGGAUCUCGAUGUCGCAGAUGUGGGAUGCCGUGUGCCGCAUCCUGGGCGGGCUGCUGAAGGUCUUUGCGGUGCUGCUGGGCUCCACGCUGCUGGGCGGCCUGCUGGGCUCGCUCCUGGGCGCCUCGCUCGGGCGCCUGCUGGGCGCCUUCGUAACCUUCGGCACCUCGCUGCUGCUGUGGCCUCUCUGCGGUCUGCUCGGCGCCUGCGGGGGCUUCUUUCUGGCCUUCAGGCACUACACGGGCAAGCUGGAGGCUUUGCUGCUGUACCAGCCCCGGCGCAUUCGCAAUGCAUCCUUCCUCGACCUCACGUGGGACGUCGCAGACGUGCAGUAUUCAAUUCAGACUCUGUCAUACCCAGUGCCCGGCUUGGGCACUCACGUGGCGUACCUCCUGAGACCUUCAGGCGACGUGGAUCAGCUCUGGGUUCUCUUUGGUGGCAACGCCAUGCUCAGCAACGACUGGUUGCCCUUCUGCGACAAGGCUCUGUCGCACUUGGCGGAUCAGCAGUCGCCCGACAGGGCCAAGACGGCUUUUCUGCUGGUAGACUACCCCGGCUACGGCCGAAACGCAGGCGAGCCUUCGCCGGAGAGCGUCCUGAGCGGCACCACCCUGGCGCUGGAAGCGGCGUUGCGCCGCCUGGCGAAGCGGGUUAGGGUGCAGCUUCUAGGCCACUCGCUGGGGGCCGCGGCCGCGGCGCAGUUGGCCGCGCAGUGGGAGCUUCGGCUGCCGAAAGAGUGCCAGCCAGAGCAUCCAGGGACCCUGUUGCUCUCGGCGCCCUUCAUCGACAUCCCCCACAUGGCGAUACAGCUGGCCACCAUCCUGCUGAACCGGGGCCUGCCGCAGCUCUAUGCGGCGCUGCUGGAUGUUCUGCCGAUACACGAGGAGACCUUCGAAAAGUACUGGCCCUCCGCAUGGCUGGCGGACACCGGGCACAGGCUGAAGCCGCUGCUAAUCCUGCUGCUGCGGCCCCUGGUGCCCCACCGCUGGGACAACAUCUCCGCGGUGCGGAAAGCGGCGCAGGCCGGCUGGAAGAUCCGCGUACUGCACGGGGCGGAGGACGAGCUCAUCCCGUCCAGUAUGGGGCGAACCUUAGCCGAGCUGGCGCAGGUUUCGCAGGGCGAGCUGGCGGAUGGCUUCAGCGAGAUCCCGCGGGCAGGCCACAACGAUGUUGUGCUGCGGGGCUUCGAGCGGUACAUGAAGUUGAUGGGCUUGACGGAUGCCAAGAGUCGGCUGUAAGGUCAUGCCUCAGCUUUGACCUCAAUACUUUCUCAAAAUCUGAGCUCGGGUGAGAUACGGGCUUGGGCAAAGUCGGUUUGCCUCUUUUCCUUCACCCUCAGGAACCACACUGCAAAAAGAUG